UUAGUGGGUUCGGAUGUGCGGGUUGCUAGAAAUUCCGGCUUAACCCUAACCGCCCACACAAGAUUCUCCCAAACUUCCCACCUUAUCCAAAGUGCGCGCUGACUCCAGAAAAAGCUCAAGCCCAGGACAAUUCAAGGUAGGAGGAUUUGACUCAACACCACGACAUCAUCAAAUAGUAAGUCUUCUUCCUCGCAAUUCAAUUCAUUUUCCACUCACCUAAAACUCGCCACUUAUUCCCUUCCAAUUCACUCUCCAUCUCCUCUAUCAUUCCUUUUCUAGUAUCCAUCUCUAACGCCAAGCCUAUUCAGCAUACCUUCACAAUGGGUGACGCAUCCAUCGAAUCCCCCGAAUGGCGCAAGGUCGAGGUCGGCCGCAUCGUCCUCAUCCAGGGAAACAACCCUUUCGCCGGCAGACUCGCCGCUAUCGUUGAGAUCAUCGACCAUAAGCGUGCUUUGGUUGAUGGACCUUCUGCAGACCCUAAGUUGGUCGUUCCCCGACAAGCCAUCUCUUUCUCCGACGUGCUUCUGUCCGACCUAAAGAUCGAGAAGCUACCGCGCGCCGUCCGAACAGGAACCCUGAAGACAGCAUGGGAAAAGUCAGAGAUUGACGCCAAGUGGAAGGAGAGCAAGUGGGCCAAGCGAAAGGACCAGACAGAACGAAGAAGGGCACUUACCGACUUCGACCGAUUCAAGGUCCUACGACUUAAGAAGCAACGACGAUUCGAGGAACGAAAGGCUCUGGCCAACGUCAAGGCAUCUGCGUAAGCAGGGAAACGGGGGAGGAUGGUUGAUUCUAGUAAAACGGUCUCUCUCAGCUAGGGCGGAAGCAGGAGUAGUCUACGGAUCUGGUCUGCAUGGAAUGACACAUUGGCAUGGGGUUGCUGGUUUCUUCUGCUUCGUCUGGCAAGACCUGUAUGUCACCCAUAAAAUCUCGAUAGGUGACCGGCGUCAAUGAUAACGGAAAUUUGCAACUAAAAACAAAAACCGAACUCGAUUAAUUAAUUUGGUUUGCUUAAUCAUAACCCACACGCGCGGGGAUUGUGUUUUGGUAGAGUGAAGCGAGUAUUCGUUAUUUAUUAUCUCUAUCAUGUGUAGAUUCCACGAAGUAUGCAAGACUUCCGAAUUCCCGAGAUUAAAGAAUCUAGGUAGGUAGUUAUAUUCCUCGCAAACGCUGAUGAAUUCCUUCGUAGAAAGUGGAAAAAUAAAACAUGAAGUACUAAUACAUAUGUACCUAUGUAUGUAAGUAAUUGUGAAGAUAUACAUAUGUAUGUUUAUGCCAUAAU